AGAUAUGGCGAACUUCCGGGAAAAAAAGUAAAGAGUGAGAGAGAGCAGAGUAGUCGGUCCAUCCGUUCCUCCUCUUCCUCCUUACUAUCGUGCUGCUCUCGUCGAAUGUCUCCGAUACAUGCCCAGCACUUGACUAUGCAUACGCUGCGAGUUUCCGCUUUGCAUAUCUCGCCGUUGAAUUCGUCUGUCGCACACGAUCGGCACGAUCGCGAAUUUCUGGUUCCUGGCCUGUCCACAACAGUAACGUCGACGACCAAAGAGGACUCUCCCACCACUCCUUCAUCUCUAUUAGCUUCUCCACCGAUAUCCUCGCGUUCCAACCCUGACCUAGCCAGCAUUGAGCGACACACCGACAAAGGCCGUUUCGCGAACAUCAGCAACACAUCACGUAUAGAAAAUAUGCCUACCACCAGCAAUAGCAGUAACGGCACCAGCGGCAGUGGCAGUGGUGGCACCACUGCGAAGAAUCCAUUCAUGGCAGGCAGUCUGCUGCAGCAGCGUGUCGAAGUCGAAAAGCAAGAGAUCGAGGACAUGAAGCUUCAACUUAAAAUGAGGGAGCAAGCAGGCGUACUCGGGGCAAGGAAUAUGAGCAUGAACCUGAAUCUGAACGAUAGCACCACCAACGGCUCCUUUCCUUACCAAACGGGCGGCCACGGUCGCGACCUCUCAUCCGCUGGAUCUGCCAAUUCUCUUUCUUCUAUCGCCUUGAGUCGCUCCCUUCAACAUCAACAGGCACCACAAUCGUCCCAACCAGCACCACCAAAAUUUGGAGGUCCAGGGACACUUAUCGAAAAAGGGGAGGCCCGAGCGGCCGAGCUCCUACAGCGGUCCAAGAGUGCAGGACCAGGACUGCUUCGCCCAGCGCAUGUGAAUGGUUCAUCUGGUGCUGGUGGUGGCUACCGUCGUACAAGGUCCAAGGGCCGCAUUCCUACUGAGGACCAAGUGCGAUAUGGAGGACCUGAGUCACCACGCUCCCCGGAUUCAUCUCCUAGUGUUCCAUCCGUGCCGCAGGGGCCGCUUUUACAGUUCGAUGACCCAGAUGCCAUGAUCCAGCCAGGGCUGUUGCUUUCGAGAGCAAAAUCGGCCAAACAGCCGUUUUUAUCCAACCCGGUGAAUAGCACUCACAAUGGAUAUUUGUCGCGGACGAAAAACUCUGACAAUGGUGGAAGAUCCAGGGGCCGCCAUGGAGGCCAUGGCGCUUGUAGUCAAGAGGCUAGCCAAAGCAGGACGAAGAUUAAACCGCUUGUCGAUCUGGGCAGCAUCAAGACGAACCAGGACGUCAUUGGACCUGGGCUCCUGACAAACAGCAAUACCUCAGCUGGAGCAGCGUCUGCAAAGUCGCCACGACGGAACAAGCCGCUGUUGGAGUUUUAGACCCUAAAAUAGAUCGCACAAUCGUACAAUUUUCUUGAGAGUAAAACGUGUGCCCCAACUUAACGAUAUCUGUCGUACAUAU